CCCAAUCACGUGCCUUUGUAGUAUUUGCGUAAUUUCCGGUGUAUGGGACCAGACUGGUCUAUGAUUAUAACAUGUGUGAGAAGUGUACUUCAUAAUGUUACGCAACGUAGGCAAUUUUGGUUUAGGACAGGCUCUUCUGCGGUUGGACAUCCCAGUUGUUUUCACAGGAUCCCUGUCAUGCCUAGUGAAGUAAAGACUCGGUUCCUGUUGCUUUACGCUUCCCAGCGUGGGCAGGCGAAAUCAAUUGCUGAGGAAAUCUGUGAACAGGCAGGAGAGCAUGGAUUUGUCGCCGAUAUAUGCUGCCUGAGCCAAGUUGAUAGGUAUAACUUGGAGAGAGAAACGGCGCCUGUCGUUUUCGUCGUGUCAACCACUGGAGACGGGGAGCCUCCUGACACUGCCCUUACAUUUGUCAAAGGCAUUAAAACCAAGACUUUGCCAAGUGAUCACUAUGCACAUCUGCGCUAUGCACUCCUAGCGUUGGGUGACACAAACUAUACCAAUUUCUGCAACUGUGGGAGAACUAUUGACAGUCGUCUUCAAGAACUUGGUGGAGAACAUUUCUAUGCAACAGGCCAUGCAGAUGAUGGUGUUGGAUUGGAGUUAGUGGUCGACCCUUGGAUUGAAGGGCUGUGGGAGGCAACAAAAAAAGUGCAAGCAGAAAUGUCUACCUCACAGGACAGACCUGAGUGUGGAAGUAUGCUUCAAAAUGCAGACACUGGAACAAAAAAGGAAAGCACAGAGGGUUCGGUGGCGGACUUGAAGAUCCAACUCUUAAGAAUCAGUGAAUCGCAGGAGAAGAGUCCUGAACCGGCAAAAGCACUGUCUGAGGGCGAGGCUGUUGCCGUGGAGGCCUCUCUGACACAGUCACUGCCCCCUCUGUCAGAGUCUGCUCUUAAUGUUCCUUCACUGCCUGCUUCAUACAUCCGUGUCCAGCUUCUGGAUAAAGCAGCAGAACAGAAAAACGAUCCAUGCCUUGAAGGAACAUUUCACCGAGUGACAGUUUCAAGAGCAUCUCAGCUCACUCGAGAGGAUGCUGUGAAAACAGCCCUGUUGCUUGAACUGGAUAUUUCAGAACAGCAGAUCGCUUAUGAGCCUGGAGAUUCAUUUGAAGUCCUCUGCCCAAACAAUUAUACCGAGGUAGAGGAGCUUUUACAAAGGAUGGGAUUGGAGGAGCAGAAGAACUGUAGUGUUCAGCUUCAGCUACGCACAGACACCAAGAAGAAGGCUGCUCAGAUUCCAUCUUACAUUCCGGAGAACUGCACACUCCAGCAUCUUAUGACCUGGUGCCUAGAGAUCAGGAGUGUCCCAAAAAAGGCGCUCCUCCGGGCCCUCGCGGACUGCGUGAGCGACACCGCUGAGAAGCGGCGCCUGCAGGAGCUGUGCAGCAAGCAGGGCUCCGCCGACUACAACCGCUUCGUCAGGGACCCCGGCGUCUGCCUGCUGGACCUCCUGCGCGCGUUCCCCUCCUGCUCGCCUCCUCUCAGCCUCCUCGUAGAGCAUUUGCCGAAACUGCAGCCGAGAUCUUACUCCGCAGCAAGCUCCAGCCUCCGUCACCCAGGGAAGCUGCACUUCGUGUUCAGCGUGGUGGAGUUCCCCACGUGCCCCGAGCGCUUGGUGUGGAGGAGGGGCGUGUGCACCGGCUGGCUGGCGGAUCUGGUCUCCCCUGUCCUCCACGGGCCCCUGGGGGCGGCUGCUGGCUCCCCUGCCCCUCCCAAGGUGUCCAUCCACAUGCGCUCCAACGUCUCCUUCCGCCUGCCCUCGGACCCAGCGGUGCCCUUAAUCAUGGUGGGACCAGGCACUGGGGUGGCGCCCUUCAUCGGCUUCCUGCAGCACAGGGAGAAGCAAAGGCAAGAAGCCCCCGAUGCUGUAUUCGGAGAGACCUGGUUAUUUUUCGGCUGCCGUCACAAAGAUCGAGAGUUCCUCUUCAGCGAUCGGUGAAGAAUGUCUCUCCAUCUCCAGGCAAUGGCUUUCCUGUCAGCUAAAAUCCGCCGUCCUUGAACGCGGCGAGUGAAAGUGAAAUGAAAUAAAAGCGCUCCGUUGCAGAAAGUGCAUAUCAAAUGAGGCUCCGUGCAGCUUUAUUCAGGUCUGAAACUCCCAGAGACCGGGUUGUGUAAUGUGCGGGAUCUGGGCUAGUGCUACUAGCAUUAGUGCUACUUGGGGUUCAGAGAAAGCGGUUUCCGGUACACUAUAUCCUGCCACAAUCAGAACCCACCCCCAGGCCAGAACAGGGGCCAGAAGACCGAGGACCAUAAACCAAGUGCAUGCUAUAUCGUACUGGGUGAAGUGACACAGAAAACAUGAUCAGAAGAGAAUUAAUUUCUUGUAGAUUGUAGGUGUUGAAAAAUAGUUUCUUUUUUGUGUAACUUAUUUUUAGUAUACCUUGAUUCAGAAUAUUCUAAGCACUGGUUAUAACUUUUUUUUCUCUGCUUUGGUAUGUUAGAAUUAUUUACUUGAUGAUUUAAUAAUAAUUUUUAAAAUGGUUAAUUUACCCUAAUUGAUUUUCAAAUUCAUAUGCAAAAGAUUUUCAUCUACAGAAAAGUACAGGCGAGUUAGUAGCUUCAUAAUUGUUUUGCAUUUCCUCAGUGAGGUGUGAAGUCUGACACUUGAGGAUUUUAAUUACGAAUGUAAUGUUUUGAGACUUAUGAGCGGCUCAGUGCUGCCUGCUGAAUUAGUGUUCCCAAUCAAUACAAGCUGUCCUGUAGUACCAGGUGGCCUGUAGGGUGUCUCAUGGCAUCAGACAAGUUUAUGUGCUUCACUGGCAGUGUAAAAGGUGUGGAAGCUGGUGAUGCAGUAUUAACACAAGAGACAUCAUUUGGAGUUCUACAGGACAUAUUUAGAAAAGGUUUUAGUAUGUAACAAAGGGAGGACUAUAGUGGCCAAUAAAAUGGUGGAAAUAUUGUUUUUGCUGGAGUUAACACCUUUUGCACAGGAUAAGACAGUUGGCAUAUUUGGUCUUUAAUUGAGGAAAAUAGUUUGAAGAAAUGUGAUGCUUUGCCUUCGGGUCAAGGGCAUAACUGACGAUUGAUAGGUAAAAUGAAAUGUGAUGUCACAAUGUAAUACAAGCAUGGGUUUCAAAUGGAUUGAAUUCUACAGCAACUGCAAAAAAGAGAAAAAGAACUUCCCUAAUCAACCCCAGCACUUGACAUCUCUGUAAAGAGAUGAAAUCAAUAUGACCCAGGGUCUGCUAAAUUAGUGGAGACAGCCAGACCAGUUACCCUGCGGUUUGUCGAAGUUGUUCAGAUAUUUGAAUUUCAGAUGGCGAGGGAGGCUUGUCACUGGGAUCUUGUUAAAGGUCAAGCGCUACUUAAAUUAUUUUCUGUGAAAAGAUCAAAUGUCUGAAAAAAAACAGCACAUUGGUGCUUUGGAAGAGACCGUAUGUUGUGCAUAGCACAGUGGAAUAUCCGGAAUCAGCCUGAAUAUUAAUGACUGUGACAUGCAUCUGUGAUAUAUGUGGAACUCAUCUACCACACGAACGCUGAGCUUUCAUCCUAAGCGUCCCACACCAGUUUGAACGAGCCUUUGAUUUUUCCUCUCUAUAAAUAGUCUCCCAGUUCUUUUCCUUUGAAGGUGGACUGUUAAAAUAAACUUAAGGCCAUUAUAGUCAUGGCUGUAAAAAAGUUAAGGUAUAAGCAUCUUGCAGGCAGAAGUUUUCAAAAAUAGCGAGGUGAUGGAAAAUAUCAGGGCUGGGAAAGUUAUUGAGAGAGGCUAGCGAGGGAAACUUGACCUUCUUUAUGAAAUUCAUAUUUUCCAUUAUGUUUUGAGCUAUGAAUUACAACUGGAGCGAUUUUUGCUUUGAUACAGAAUUUGCUUGUACUUCACCAAAUAAUACAACUUUCUACUUCAGUGCCUGGAGGAAGUUAAAUUCGCACUUUGUUGUGUUAAUCAACUUUUUAGAAUUCAGCAUUUUGGAUAAUUGAAGAAUUUAAGGUGGGAAGUUUGAGUUUUUAAAAGGGCAGCUUGAUUGCAUUUAUCAAAUGCCAUGAAGCAUUACAUUGACAAAUGAAGUGCUUUUGAAGAUGGUCUGUAGAGCUUGCUUUUUUGC